GGCUAACAGCGACGAAGCGGAGACAAGGUUGGAGCGACGAGUCACAACCAAGCGGACGAACACGGGACGGCGUGACAAAGAAGUGGACGAAGAUGGGCGAUCGUAGCUACCGAACACACGACAGAGAAGCCAGGAACGACCACUACGAAAGGGGACGGGAUACCAAGCGAGAAGAGCCUAGAGACAGAACACGUGGAAGGAGCCGGAACGACUAUCAUGAAGGGAGUAAUCGAGGCUAUGGAGGCGACGAUUACGUAAGAAGAGGACCGCCGAUAUGCUUCGAAUGCGGCAAGCCAGGCCACUAUAAGAACCAAUGCUGGAAUCGAAGCGAGGCAAGUGUUACAAAAGGUGGAGCGAGCAGAUCGGGUACUCAGAAACCCGAACAAGUCGUCGACGAGCAGGUGAAGAAGCAACUCGAAGACUUCGGCAAAUCCGUGGCAAACUUCCAGGAGUACAUCGAGAGGGAGAACAAGAAGAAAGAGGAAAAAGAACGCAGAAGGCAGGAGAAGCUAGAGCGGGAGCAACGUGAGGAAAUGGAGCGCCAAGCAAAAGAGGAAGCACGUAAAACGAAAGAAAGCCGGAUCGCGAAGAAGCAAGCAACGAAGAAGAAAGAGGAGGAGGAGAAAUUGAAGUUUGGCAAGGCGAUGCUUAUCAAUGUUGCCAAGAAACGAGCGAAAGAGGCCUACGGUGAAGAUGAGAUAACGGUUGAUGCCGAGAACGAAGCGACAUCCGUGAACCAAGUGGCAUCUGACACGUUCAGUGAAGGGGACGAGGAGGAUUGACUCGCGGAUGAUGGGCCCGUGCUAUGGGGACUUUGCCACGGGCUCAUCAAACACCGGAAGGAGUCGAGUUUCGAGACUGCAGUUGAAAGACUGUAUUGAGUCGUGGUUGUACUACUGGGAAUUACGGGAAGAGUGAAGUGGCUAUCGAAGUAUACGACAUCAUGGAUCAGAUUGUACAAGAAGUACGACACAAACUUCCAGGACAGACAUAGAGACAUCUAUACACUGGUAUCACCACGAUGUAAAGCAUCAUACAUUGGGCAAACCAGCAGAGAUAUCAACAUGAGGUGGAAGGAACAUGUGGUGGGAAGUGCAAGGAACGAGAGGAGCACACACCUAUACCGCUGGUGGAGAGUGUUCGGAGCAGAGUCGUACGCCAUCCUACCAAUUGAUAAAGAAGCCACGCACAA